AUGGACACCCUUACCGAACAGGAGGAUGUCAAAGAAGCCCUGGACAAACUAUCUACGGUGCCAGCAGGAAGCAGGAAGGUGACGGUCCUCGGACCAAAUAAGCGAGGUAUUAAGUUCGCUGUCGUGGUCACCUCCAAAGAGGACGCUAACAAGCUGGAGAAGAUAGGGCACAUUAAAAUCGGUUUUGUUUCCUGCAGAAUAAGUAGAAGAGUUAUGGUCACAAGGUGCCACAGGUGCCUUGGCUAUGGCCAUAUAGGUCGAGACUGCCAAGCAGUAGAUAGGUCAGCUGCGUGCUUCAAGUGCGGAGAAGCCGACCAUAAGGUAGCAGAUUGUAAGAAGAGCCCAUGCUGCUUCUUAUGCAAGGCGAAGUUCGGCGAAAAGGAGAACAUCCAACACGUCGCUGGAUCAGGUCGGUGCAAGGUCUUCAGGACUGCCUUAGAGGAAGCUAAGAAGACCCUGUCAAGAACAAGGAGAAAAUAA